UUUGCUAACAUGUGCACAUGUCUGACAACAGAACGCAGGCUGUCAUACAUGUGUGUGUACAUAGGUUGCACAUCAACCAUUAUGAAUGUGUUCACGGUGUAUGCUGCAGGAGUGCAAAAAGUGAUGAGCCAAAAUAACAUUACAUAUCAUUUCGGUCAUGUGUAGAACCUAAACUCAUCACAGAAUGUCUUAAUACAAAGAUAUGUAAGCUUUGAAGCAGUAAGCUUUCAGAUCUUCUGUCUUAUUUUGUUUUAUAUGAUAAAAAUGUUGUGCUGGCACUCACUCUGUUUGGCAAUUGAAAUUAAAUGCCAAAAACGUUUCCAUUUUUGCCAAAAUAACGACAAAGUGCCAUCUAUAAAUUGGGCUUUAUUUGUAGGAAUAGGCCGUUCGCACUUCAGGACUCCCCAAACCCCCCCACCUGUGUGCUUGCCUUUUCUGGCUCCCCGCGGUGAGGGGCCACUCUGAUAGGUCCAGAGGGUUAAUGGGACUGGCCUUUAGGGCAGCAGCCUCUCAGCAUAUAAAGCCUCAGCUUUCAUUACAACAGCAAACAGCCGGUACACACGGUUUAAGAAGGACCACGCGGUAGAUGAGCUUUUACGCAUGAAUAGGGGCCUUUUGGUUUUUACGCACUGCGAACCAUUGAUGUCUCGUUGGCACAGUUGAGUUUUUACGCGUUUUUGAACAUUCUGCGUGUGACCAUGACUCUUUCCAGUGAAUUUGAAGCUUCUCAACACUCUGCUUUGCCUCUUGACAUAGUGAGCGAGGAUGAGCCUACCCAUGGGCGUUUAUAUGAGAAUGGGUGCUCUACGGACCCCGGCUCUUCGGCAGAAUCUGGUGCUGAGUUUGACUCCUCAGAGCCAGACUCCUCGGGGGAAAGCGAGAACAGUUUCUGCGCAGACGCACCGUCGUCCAGGAAAGCGCAGAACAGUUCUGUUAAGCCUCCCUACUCCUACAUUGCCCUGAUCACCAUGGCCAUCCUGCAGAGUCCGCUGAAGAAGCUGACACUGAGUGGCAUCUGUGACUUCAUCAGCAACAAGUUUCCCUACUACAGAGACAAGUUCCCCGCUUGGCAGAACUCCAUCAGGCACAACCUCUCCCUCAACGACUGUUUCAUUAAGAUCGCGAGGGAGCCUGGGAACCCGGGAAAAGGUAACUACUGGUCUCUGGACCCUGCCUCAGAGGACAUGUUCGACAACGGCAGCUUCCUUCGCCGAAGGAAGCGGUUCAAGAGAAACCACCCAGAGCUUGGCAAAGACGGACUUAUGUUUUAUUCCAACUUGAACUGCUACCGGCCGUAUGGGCAGCCAUACUGCGUGCAGGGCCAGGUGAGCCCCCCGCCCGCCGCUCCUAUCCCGUACAUGCCCCUGCAGGAGGGUAUCAUGAUGCCCCCUUCUUCCUAUCACCUUCUACCACAAACUCUGAACAGUCACGGGAAGUGCAGUGGGCCAAAAGACUUCAGAGCGCAGCUGUGCUCAACAGAAACCGCUCAGUCAAAGCCUGGCCCGCAGAGAAAGUGCUCCUUCAGCAUUGACAGCAUCAUGAGCAAACCCUCGCCCACCAGUCUCCCGAACCCAAACCCACAGCACAGGCGCCACAGCGCUCUUGGGUACGCUCAUCUCAUGUCGGGCCCUGCUGCCUGUUUGGUUCCGACGCUCCUGCCGGCUCCCAGGACUCCAUUCUGCCCCCCUACCAUGCUGAGCACUGCUUCUUUAAUAAAUGAGCACCUCAGACUGUCCUACCCUCACUGCUGAAGCCUUUGGCCACAAGAAAACUUUACAGUGUCCGUAUGUUCGAUGCUAUGUGAAGACACGUUGUGUAGCUCAUUUCUUAAAGAAAUGUUUUAAUUGCAUGAUAUUUAUGUGCGUUGACAUUCAAAGUUAUGUCUUAAAAGAAAUCAAUGUAAAUAAGAUGAGUGGUAAUAUAUGUGUGAAACUUGUUGCAGUGGCGACUCUCGUUGAUGAAUCUGUUUUUGUUAUUAAUUAACGUGUCGAAAUAAAUGUUUGAAAACUA